AUGUCCGAGCAAUCUAAGCCAUCAACUAAACGACGUUUACCUACACGGCGUUACAAUCAAAUGUUUACAGAUCACUACUUUUGGACCACUGAUUCAUCAUCAACAAAUGAUAUUCAUAGUAAAUCCACGUCAACGUGUUCGUUAUCAUCAGCAAUAAAUGGACAAAAAGGUGACGAUAGUUUCAUAUCGUUAAUUAGCAAUGCAGGUCUCGACAAUGAUUCAUUAUCGGAUAGCACAGGAACCGUAUCGGAUGUUAAUGAAUCAUUAAUGAAUGCUAUCAGUAAAGAACAAGGUGACAGUAUACAACAAUCAACCAAUGAUAAAAAUAUUUCCAAGUGCAAUAAUCACUCUCAAAUUGAGGAAUCAGUAUCACUAUCAUCACAAAUCUUAUCAUCAUCAUCGAUUGAGCCAGAAAAUAAACUUAUCAGUCGAGCUUUGGAAUUAGCACAAUCACUUUUUGGACCAAAUACGACAAUUGUUAAAACAUUUCAAGCAAUUCCAAUUCAACAUGAAUUUGAUUCUGAUGAUAAUGAUGAUGAUACAACUCAAAUUACUCGAUUGGAAGGUAAGAAACAGAGUGGUGAACUGGUAGAAAUUGAUGAAAUGAAACAAAAUGGAGGUACAACUACUCAUAGAACAGAUACAUUUGAUAAUUUCAAAAAUCGAAUUACUUCAUCAACAUUUACCGCUCAAACAUCCUUAUUGAAUCGUAGUGAUUUUACAGCUCUUGAGGUUUUAAAUGCUAUUUAUCGUAACGCGCCUGUUGGUGGUUCCCAUUUUGUGAAACCUACAUCAACUACAUUUUCAUAUAUACCACAAAAUGAUAAAUUACAAUCUCAAGUGAAAACUAAAACAUCAACAACAACGAACACAGAAUCAGAACAAUCAACACACGGACGUGAUGAAGAGUUUAUGCAUCAACAACAACAACGUGAUCUAAUGGAUGAAUAUUUUCAUCGAUCCACCGAUCUACAUCAUAUCAAGACAACUUUUGGUCGUCAAGGACAAUUAUGGACUGAUCAAAAGUACUACGAAUAUUAUCAAUACUUAUGCAAAGGUAUCAAGCGUGCUCUCUCUCAUCCUGGUUCAUUUGAUUUAGACUGUGGUGCUGGAAGUGUUCAUACUCCAUCUAAUCAACAAGCUAAUGGAAUAUGCCGCGCAAUGAAAUCUGAUCUCUAUUAUCAGUAUAGUCCAGGACCGGAAAUAUAUUCAAGAAAAGUAUUCGUCGGUGGACUACCAAUUGAUAUUGAUGAAAACGAACUUACGGCUACUUUCAGUCGUUUCGGUCCUUUGAUUGUGGAUUGGCCAAAUAAAAAUGAAAAUAAAAGUUACUUUCCUCCUAAAGGUUACGUGUUUCUAAUCUUCGAAUACGAAGUUAGCGUACGAGCAUUGGUACAGUCAUGUUUUGUAGAGGAUGAGAAACUCUUCCUGUACAUUUCAAGCCCGUUAUCACCUGAUAAAUUGGUACAAAUUAGACCUUGGCGUCUUGCAGAUGCAGAUUAUGUAGUUGAAGCAAGCAUUCCACUAUACGCUCGACGAACUGUUUUUGUUGGUGGAGUACCACGACCCAUUAAAGCAGUGGAAUUAGCACAUAUAAUGGAUCGCUUAUAUGGAAGUGUUGGAUGUGCUGGUAUUGACACUGAUGUUGAAUACAAAUAUCCAAAAGGUGCUGGUCGUAUAGCAUUUACAAAUCAAAAUUCAUAUAUGAAAGCAAUUACCGAUCGUUAUGUGCAAUUAAGUCAUGGUGAAGUGGAGAAACGAGUUGAGUUAAAGCCUUAUGUAUUGGAUGAUCAGCCAUGCGAUGAAUGUGACGGUGAACGUUGUGGACAUCGACAUGCACCAUUCUUCUGUCCACAACUUUCUUGCUUGCAAUAUUAUUGUGAGAAAUGUUGGACUACAAUACAUGGUUGUCGUACACGUGAAGAUCAUAAGCCAUUAGUUAAAGAAGCAUAA